AUGGCCGACUUUCUUCUCUUUGAAGGGCCUGUGGGCUACGCUCUUUUCAAGGUCGCUCUCCAGGGCGACAGCGUUGGAAAUCGUCUUAAGGAGGUUCAGGAGGGUGUGAAUGAUCUCGCCAAGUUCGGGAAGAUGGUUGAUCUGGCCAGUUUCAUGCCUUUUGAGAACAACAAGCAGGCCUUGAGCGAAAUCAACGACGUUUCGGAAGGUGUCGCUUCGGAUACCCUGGUUUCUUUCCUCGAAUUGAAUCUGCCGAAACCCAACAAGAAGAAGAAGGUGGUUCUGGGACUCUCGGAUAAGGCCUUGGCUGGUAGCAUCAAGUCUGCCUUCGACUUUGUCGAUUGCGAAACCGGAGACACCAGCGAGGUUGUCCAGGAUAUGCUCCGAGGUAUCCGUCUGCACGCCACCAAGUUGUUGAAGCAGCUUCGCGAAGGUGACCUGGAUACUGCGCAGCUGGGUCUGGGUCACGCCUACUCCCGUGCCAAGGUCAAGUUCUCCGUCCAGCGCGAUGACAACCACAUCAUCCAGGCUAUUGCCAUUCUCGACCAGCUUGACAAGGCCAUCAACACGUUCUCCAUGAGAGUCCGCGAGUGGUACUCGUGGCACUUCCCCGAACUGAUCAAGAUUGUCUCCGACAACCAACGCUACGCGCAGAUCGCUCUGUUCGUCAAGGACAAGGCCGAACUCACCGAUGACAAGCUCCACGAUCUUGCUGCCCUCGUGGAGGAUGAUGAGGGUGUUGCCCAGAGCAUUAUUGAUGCCGCCAAGCACAGCAUGGGUCAGGAAAUCUCCGAGACCGACAUGGAGAACGUGAUCGCCUUUGCUCAGCGCGUCGUGAGCCUGUCCAAGUACCGCAAGAACCUGCACACCUAUCUGGUUUCUAAGAUGAGCGUGGUUGCCCCUAACCUUGCGGCGCUGAUCGGAGAGAUUGUCGGUGCCCGUCUGAUCUCGCACGCUGGUAGCUUGACCAAUCUGUCCAAGUAUCCUGCUUCGACGGUGCAGAUUCUGGGUGCCGAGAAGGCUCUUUUCCGUGCCCUGAAAACCAAGGGCAACACCCCGAAGUACGGUCUUCUGUAUCACUCCUCUUUCAUCGGCCGCGCGGGCCCCAAGAACAAGGGCCGUAUCUCGCGCUUCCUCGCCAACAAGUGCUCUAUCGCGUCCAGAAUCGACAACUUCUCCGAGGAGCCCUCGACCAAGUUCGGUGAGGUCCUGAAGAAGCAGGUUGAGGAGCGUCUGGAGUUCUACGCUACCGGCGUCGCCCCUACCAAGAACGAAGUCGCCAUGAAAAACGCCAUGGACGCCGUCCUGGCUGACAUGGACAUCGACGGAGAAGAGAGCGACGAGGAGAUGCAGGACGCCCCCGCGGCGGAGAGCAAGAAGGAGAAGAAGGACAAGAAAGAAAAGAAGGAGAAGAAGGAAAAGAAGGAGAAGAAAGACAAGAGUGAGAAGAAGGAGAAGAAGGAAGAGAAGGAGGAGAAAAAGAAGAAGCGGAAGCACGACAGCGACGCUGAGCCGUCCAAGAAGAAGAAGAAGGUUUAA